AGCUGGAUGUUCACCACAUUGGAGAUUCCUGCCUCGAACUCUCGGAAGUUUAGCCAAGUCGCCGUUAUUUAGCCAGGCAAGCUAGCAAGACAGAAGACGGUGUGACCAAAGUAAACUUGGUAUUCAAGAAGACAAACUUUAUUUCGGCGGAGUUUUUCAUCAAGUAGUGAAACUUGGAUUAGUGUCGAUGGAUUCAAACCAUUUUCCACGGCUUUUUUUCCACCCACAUGAGCGUUAGUCCUCUUUGUAAGAAGUUGUGAUUGUUUUUUUGGCGCUCUAGCAACGCAGUGGAAAGAUGGUGGAUUUGCCCGUUUAGUAGCGAGCUACCGCUAGCUAGUUGGUUGGUUCACUAGCUAGCGUCGUUCUGGGAUAUCCUACCGCUACUCAUCGUCUACACGUCCGAAAAGUUUGGAUGCUUACAUUGAACCUAGCGACGGUGUAUUGAUUGCUGUUCAUGUUGGUCAAACAGAUUAAGCAUGGGUGUCGCUCAGUCUCUGCGGAUGAAACCAGGGAUACUGGUGGCAGGAUCUAGACAUCAGAUGGUGCUGUGAGGAAGCCAUGGGUAGCUGUUUAAGCUGUCCAGAGAAAGAGUCAAUUCCUGAUAAUCAUCAAAGCAAAUUUAAGGUGGUCAACGUGGACGACGAUGGCAAUGAGCUGGGCUCUGGCGUGAUGGAGCUGACGGAGGGCGAGCUGGUGCUCCACACGCACCGCCGGGAUGACGUCAGGUGGCCGUACCUGUGCUUGCGUCGCUACGGCUACGACUCCAACCUGUUCUCCUUUGAGAGUGGGCGCCGCUGCCAGACGGGACAGGGAAUCUUUGCCUUCAAGUGCACCCGCGCCGAGGACAUCUUCAACAUGCUGCAGGAGGUGAUGCACAGCCACAGCAUCAGCGUGGUGGAGGAGCCCAUGCUGGAGCCCCACCACCAGGGAGCACUCGCGCCCCAAACCCCCGCAGCUCUGGGCUACUCCGUUCCCACCGUGCCAAACGGCGUGGGCCGCCUCCCGUCGCUGGGGGACGCGCCGGCCUCCCACCCCUCCACCCGCCACCCCUCCGUGGCCAGCACCCGCCUCCCCUCGGUGGGGGAGGAGUCCACCCACCCCCUCCUGGUGGCCGACGACGCGGUCCACACCUACGUCAACACCAGCGGGCUCCUGGAGGAGCAGCCCAGCCCGCUGACCCUCACCACCCCGCUGGAGAGCCCCACCUCCCCCCAGCUGCCCCCCACCCCGCCGCCGCCUCCGAGGCUCCGCCCCGAGCCCCCGCCGCCGCCACCGCCACCGGCGCCGGCCACGCCCGCCCCGACGGCGGCGGCGGAGCCCCAGGUGCUGAUGGAGCCGGCGGGGGUGCGCUUCGUGCUGGGGCCCACCCCGGUGCAGAAGCAGAAGCUCAUGGCCCGGAAGGAGCAGGUGCUGCAGGGGGACGAGGACGAGGACCAGGAGGAGGAGGGGGGGGAGCAGGGGGGGGGCGGGACCAACGGCCACACGGACACGCAGCACAGCGGCAAGGAGCCCCUCCCCGAGGCCGCGCCGGCCCACCCGCAGUCCAACGGCUCCUCUUCCUCCUCCGCCGUCGCGGCCGUCGCGGCCGUAGCGGCCGCACCGCGGCGCAACCGCCCCCCGCCGCUCACCCCGGACGUCCAGAACGCCAACAACUCGGCCCAGAGGCGCACAGCGCUGCUGGACUACGAGAACCUCCCGGUGGGGGAGGAGGCGGGCCGGGGCGGCCUGAAGACGCCCUCCCUCAACGGCUACAACCACCACCAGCAGCAGCAGCAGCAGCAGCAGCACCACCACCACCACCACCAGCAGCACCACCACCACCACCACGCGCCCCACAGCCUGCUGCAGCACUCCUACUCCCACCCGCUGUCGGCGGCGCCGCCGGAGCCCUCGCACAACUACGUCAACACUGAGAACGUGGCGCCGCUCAGCGCCCACCGGCCCGACACGGGCCGCCGCCGCCACGCCGAGGGCCCCACCGUCUUCAACUUCGACUUCCGCCGGCCCCUGCUCGCGCCGGGCCACGGCGACUCGGCCAAGACGCUGAACUACAUCGAGGUGGAGACGGACGGCAGCGGCUGCAACCGGGGCGCGUCGGACGGCAGCGACCCCCACACGCCGCGCACGCCCACCUCACCGCUGGCGCCGGGCACGCCCACGCGGCGCACGGAGCUGUACGCCCUCAUCGACAUCGAGCGCACCGCCGCCAUGUCCAACCUGCAGCGGGCGCGCCCGCGCGACGACGGCACGUCGCGGAAGACGCGCCACAACAGCACGGAACUGCCCACCAAAAGCACUGUCUGAGACCGCCCCCGCCCCCCCCCCUCGCUUCAGCUGGACACACGGGGUGCUCGUCUUUAUAACCGCCCAACAGAGACACACACACACACGGAGAGCGCAUCAUGAAGAGAGUUAUAGCCAGUUAAAAGUCUUAAGAAAUAUAUAUAUAUAGAGAGCGAGAGAGAGAAACUGACUUUUGUCGUGUGGUUACCUGUGAGGGAAUUUAGGUAGACCAAAAAAAGAACCCAGAAUUUAAACCUAGGUACUUGCCAUAUACCGAUUUAUUCCUAUGGUAAUAUAAUACCUCUCUUCCUCCACUCAUUCUACAGUGCAUUUGGGUUGUUUAUUAUGUUAAUAAGACUGGACUGCAUUCCCCUCACCCUCUCCUUGUAUGGUACAAAUCAGUAUUACUGAACAAAGCAUUCCAUUUAGCCUUUAUAUGAGUCAUUACAUGCUGCUGUAAUAUCAGUAUCUGAGAAUUACAUGGUACACUACAUUAUGUUUCUGACUAUGUACAGUAGAUUCUGGCACAAUAAAUGUCUGUUCUGUUUUA